UGGCGUAGAGACGAGAUGACUGUAAACAUGUGAUGGUGCAUAUGGUUUGGUGGUUCAGUUUGUUCUAAGAACCUAAGAUAUAGUCCCACGUACCUAAUGAAUAGAGCAGAGUAUUUGGGAACCUUGAGUAAGUGGAAAUGGCCAGUGUUCGGUGUGACAGCCGCCUUCUUUGGCUCCAUGUACACGUUUGGUUUCAACAGGGCCCUUACGGUUCAUGCAGGCAGCGGAGAAGAAGAAACGUCAAACUCUGUUGGAUUACGAGAUCUUUUGCAGAAAUGGAUCCAUAACUUUGUGCAGGGCCCUAAAGGUUCAGAAAAGCCUCCUAUAAGUCCGAGAGAGGCUAGCGAAAUUUUGCGAAAGAAUGAAAAAAGCGUGAACGUGAAUAUUGGAGCGGUAUCGUACUUUGAAACAAACAGUUUUGCUUCCAAUACACCUUGUGAAGACCGUGCCAACGAAUGGCUGUCAUUAAAAACAAAUGGUACCUCCUUUGGUGUAUUCGAUGGACACGGUGGCUGGCAGUGUGCAGAAAUGGUUAAAAAUCGUUUACCUCUCUAUCUCGCAGUAUCUUUCCUCUCAAAAUCUGAUUUGACCAUCCUGGAAAAAAAUCUCUCGAGACAUUUCUCAAAAGAUGACUUUGUUAGAAUUUUACAGGAGAGGUCACCAGCAGUGGAGAACACCUCUCAGAGCAAUGUUGGUUAUAUUUUAAGUCAAAAGCAAGAAGUUUUUCAAACAGGACCAAAGUACUUUAUCAAAAGCUUGAUAGAGAUGCGUUUUGAAGGUCGAAUGCCUACUCAGGAAUCCCUUAGUUUGGCCUUUACGCAGUUGGAUGACGAUAUUUCCACAGAAGCCAUACCAGUGAAAGUUCUUGAUGACUCCUUUGUUGCUGGAGCUUCAGGGAGUUGUGCAUUAGUAUCAUACAUUGAGGGACAACACAUCUUUGUGGCAAACACAGGUGAUUGCAGAGCAGUCCUUGGAAGUGCAAAAGGGGAUGGCUCUUGGUUGGCUACUCCACUUUCUGUGGAUCAAACAGCUGAGAAUGAUGACGAAGUAAAGAGACUUAGGUUAGAACACCCUGGUGAAGCCUUUAUCUUAAAGAACAGCCGUCUCCUUGGACAACUACAGCCAUUAAGAUCAUUUGGUGACAUUCAAUACAAGUGGGAUAAAGUAACACAUUCGCACGUCCUCACACAGGUGUACGGGGGUCCUAUUGUUCCACCAAAUAUGUACAUUACUCCACCUUAUCUCACUGCAAGACCUGUUGUUACACAUCACUGCUUACAACCCAAUGAUAAAUUCCUUAUCCUUGCCACAGAUGGCCUGUGGGAUGUUCUUAGCAAUGAACAAGCUGUUGGGCUGGUUGCUAAUUUUCUUCAGCAGGGUUGGAAAGAUAAAGAGAAUGCUACAGCUCUGAGUGACAUCACAGAUGCAGGGGAUGAAGUUCUGGAACAAAACGCAGCCACUCAUCUUAUUCGUCAUGCUUUGGGUGGUAAUGACCAUGGCUAUGUUGCUCAGAUGUUGUUGGUUCCAGAGCAAUAUAGACGUAUGUGGAGAGAUGAUAUUACUGUUACUGUUGUGUUUUUUGAUUCCGAUGUCUUAUCCAAGCUGUAGGAGACAGUGGUAAAUUCUUCAGUUUUGUGACAAGUUCCCCAGUUACAUUGAAUGCAAUAGAAAAAUUCCAACAACAAAACUGGGAACUACAGUUACUGAUCAAGAGGAGCUAUGCGUUGAUUUUUUAAUAAACAAUUGUAGUACAUCUUGUUCUUCUUUUUAUUACCCAAAAUGUUCAUCUUUAUUUAAAAAAAAAAAUUGUCUAGAUUUGUCAUUCCUUUUUUUGACUUAAGGUUAAUGGAGCUUUACAUGUGAACAUGAUGACAGGGCAGAUAGUGAUCAUGCUUAUGUAUUAUUAAUGGUCAAUCCUACCUCCUUAGUUUUUAUGUUAGUAGACUUUCUGAAGUUUUUUGAAAAUUUUCCCAGAGGAGAGGGCCUUAUCACAAAAUUCCAGUUUUACUGCUAACUAGGAAUUUAACUAAGCAAGCACAAUUAAAAAGUGGCGGUUAAAAUAUUCACCAAGAAAAAAUAAGUUUCGCUGAUAUUGAUCAUGUCAUCAUUUGCAUUUGUCAAAAAAGUAAGUUUGAUUCUUUAGCAAUUCUAUGCAAAUUUUAAUCUAGGGUAAACAAAAAGAUGGCACUUGGGCAGAACAUGUAUAAUAAUCAGUAAAGAACAUUUUAAGUACUGGGAAUAGUGUCAGAAUUUCUGUGUCUUAAAAUUUAUUCUUGAACUAUGCAGCUAAGUAACCAUGUGAACUAAGGCUGCUUAACACCUUUUUAGUUUGAAUUACAUUUCAAUGUACCUAC